UAAUAAGCAUGUGAAUUUUUUUGAAUUUGCGUUUGAUGUAUCUCUGCUAGUUUUCGAAGAAACAUUUCUUAUAGGACUUAUUAACCGCCAAGAUUCAGAUUGCCUGCGCAAGGAUACCUCAGCUAGUGGUUCUUCUUCAGCAUAAUCAAAGGGACUUUGUAUAGGGCUGCUACUUUCUAAAGAUUCCAUAUCCUUUCUCCUUUACUGUUACUGGUUUUUCUGAGGCUCAUGAAACUCUCUUCACAAAGGCCUAAAUCUGACACAACCAGAUUCUCUCCAAAUGUUCUAAAACACGUACCUAAGGCUUGCUUUGAAUUUCAUUACCUAAGGAUUGCUAUCUUCCAAAAAAUAAGUAGUUUAAACUGAGUGCUUUUCGAUAUUCAUUUAAACGGGAGAUUUUAUAGAUUUUGUGCUAAAGUCAGGAUGAUACCUAAAAAAGAAGGACUGUGUCCAUGCUGCUAAUCAUGAGAAAUAGCAUCAGAAGUUUUCAAGAGCUAGAGCUUUAUAAGAUACAUUCCUGUUAUUCCAUUCUGUGAGGGGUGCUUUGAAUGAAAGAACUGUUUCCCUUGUGAAUUGUCCAGUUCGUAAACCAGAAGUUCACAAGUCUUAUUAAGCUAAAUCACAAUUACUUAAGUUUAUAAUUGAUUCAUGAUCACUUAGAGAAAGUGUGAGCUUGAUCCGUUUUUCAAACACAUUCCAUCAGCAUGGAUGUUUCCAUAAUACCAGCUAACGAGGCAACCUAUGUUUUCUUGGCUAGGUGAGAAACUCACAAAGAAGUUUUAAAUCAAAAUACAGCCGGUUACUUGAACUACCUUGGUUUUCGAGAUUGAGUAUUGGUUUUCUUUCUUAUAUUCCCCAUCUUUUCAACGGUGCUGCUAUACUUUUUUAAUCCCAGAAUCUAUCAUAAAAAAAGAAGAUAAUAAAUAUUAAGGAAAGGAGUCCAAGCACAUCUACACCUCCGAUGCUUUUGAUAGUCUAGUCUGUUUUCAAGUUUUCAACAGAGCUGGCACUUUCGACCAUGAAAUCGCACCAAAGCCUUUACUUUUAUUAGAAAAGGCUUCUAUUUUCGAGACCGUCCAUUCCCUCUUAAAAGAUUGACAUUGACUUUAGAGAUUGUAUGCAUGGUUUUCUGGAAAUUACAUUUCUAGCUUCUUCAAAGGUUUUUUUUUCAAUGAUUGAAAUUCAUUUUUUCAACUCAAAGACUUAGUUGGGUUACUCGCUGUUCUCGUUACUGUUUAUGGGGUUGUUUGUAUCUUCAUCUUUCGCCUGCCUACAAGGAAAUAAACCAAAGGAAAAGACAUCUUGUUCUUAACAUCUAUCAAGCAAAUAGCUCGUUUCAUUCUGAUCCUAAAGUUUUGCUUUCGAUUGUUCACCUGCACGACGCAUUGUACUCUACAGAAUUUCCAUGUAUAUUCAUAACGAAACAUUCAUGUAUUGAAAAACCAAAUUUAACAGUUUUUAAAAGAAAUAAAAUGACGAAUAUGACCAUACUGGUAGAAUUUCAUCCUUCAAAUGGUUUGUUUAUUAAAAGUGUUUUGCUAUACCCUUUUACACUAUACUUACAGUGAAACUGAAAAACCAAAUUUUCACAUUGUUGGAGGCGUAUUAGGUGUUUUUCUUUCUCUCUUUGUUUAUUUGUUUACAUUGGGGUAAUUCUACUUCAAUUGCAUUGCAUUACACUCAACGACAAGGAAGGCUGAAAACAUCUUUCUUCAACAUUGUAUCGUUUAAUUUAACGAAAGCUACAUUCUUACUAUAGAAAACUCUCCUUUAAUGAACGACUCAGCAUCUGAAUCGUAUUCUUCAACCACUAUAGUUCCCUUAGAAAAACAGCAUGAAUUUACUGAAGAAAAGGAGAAUUUGAAUACUUUACAAGCAAUGUCAAUGGAAUCGGGGAGGUCCUCAAAAUCAUCUGAAUCUUCCUUAAGGGAAAUUAGCUUGGAUUACUCAUCUCCUGGUCUCCAAGUGCAAGCUUCUAUACCAGAAGAAGCAAAUCCGCAGUUUACUAACACAAGUAUGCUUCGUCCCACUUCACCUGGUGUUCGCAGCGAGACCGGCGCACAUUCAACACAAGCAGAAAAUCCUGCGUUUGGUCAUUUUCGUCCUAAUCCUUCUCCUGCAUCCUCUUUUCUAUCCACUGGAUCAAAUAAAACUUCUUCAUCCUCUAGAGCUCCUCAAUCCGAAUUUGAGCAACUGUGGACUUUAUUCCGCAGUCAUGAUGAUCCUUCAAAAGCGAUAAAUGAUUCUCGUAUUCAAACCCUUAUUUUUGAUUUGAAUCAGCAAUGUGAAAGUGAAUCCAUCCCGGUGAGUCAGAUUGACUGGCUAGAGUGGGCUUGUCUUCCAUUGUCUGCUAAUGAGUACUCUGCAAAUUCAGAGACAGGUGCCUCAAUCGCCUCAAUUCGAAAUCUCGUUUUAAAGAACCACUGGAGCGUUCCUUCACCCUGUAGAAAAUCUGUCUGGCAGUCUCUUGUAACUGCAGAGCGUAAUGAGCUUUUAACGUUGUAUGCUACAUUGAGUACCUCGAUAAACUCAUUGGAUCCUAUAAUAAAAAGGACUAUUCGAAAUCAUGCAUUCCGGGGUCCGCUAGAACCAUUCAAAUAUGCAUCUCCAACUCGUGCAAAGGUAUCAACGACUGGAUUACUUCACGUAAUCCAUGCGUUUACAUUGUUUGAUACUACUGUUGAAUAUGCUUUAGAUGCUUUACUGUGGCCUACUGCAUCUCUUUUAUCAUACAUGCCACAGGGAAACGCAUUCCGAAGCCUUGCUUGUUUACUUGGAAAAUCAAAUUUAAAUGAAUUGUAUGUAGCUAACUUGAGCUACUCUGAAGAGCAGCUAUAUGCCCUUGUUUGGGGAUGCGUCAGUGAUCUUUCACCGAAAAUUGCUUUAUCAUUGCAGAGGAUUAAAGCGCAAUCUUUGAGACCUUUGUACCCGUCAUUGGCUUGCUGUUUUGCUAACUUUUUACCACUUCAGAAUGCCUUACGCAUUUUUGAUCUUGUUUUCUGCUAUGGUUUGGAAAUGUUUGUUCGUCUGAUUGUAGUUAUUUUCCUGAAAGAUGAAAGUAAGCUGUUAAAUCUGAUGAAUUUAGAUCAAUGGAAUCGAUACUUAAACUCUGAUUUUGUCGGUUCUUAUCGCCUUCCUACAACUCAAAAGUAUACAUUUUAUACUCGCACACCUGUCGACGUUGAUUCAUGGAUUCAAGAUGCUUUCAAUCUUCAGCUUUGCAUUGAUCGUUUUCCUUCUUAUUUAUCUUACCAUGAAACUGUAAUGUCUCGACAAAUGUACCGCAGUAAUAUGUUAAACGAACUAAAAAUUCAAAACAAGGAUUUGGCUGAACACAUUACUGAACUGGAGAGCAGGAUGGUACUUUUAAAUAGAGAAAACACCAAGCUUUCCGCCGAACUAUCAAGUCAUCGUGUUUUAAGAAGUGAAAGUGAGGAACGAACUGAGUACUUACGAAAUUCUAUCGCUACAUUGGAAGAACAACUAAAACAUCUACCCGAGCAAUUACAAGAAUCCCUGCAACAAGAAAUAAUAGUCUUGAAGAACCGAAAUCGAAAGUUCGAAGAAUCAAACGCCUCUUCUAUACAACAAAUCACUUACCUUAAUGAAGAGUUAGAAAAAACUUUACGACAACUUCAUGAUCUAGAAGAUAAACACUCUCAAUUGCAGGCCAGAUGGGAUAGUGUUUCUAAUAUGUUCAAGAAAUAAUUUUUAUUAUAAUUAUAUUAUACAUUGAUGCAUUGCAUAAAUACACUUCCUUAGAUAACCUGAUUUACUAUAGACGCUGAAUUUAUCAAACCAAAAACAAAAACGUAAGAGAAAGAGCGAUCUAGGUCAUUUCAAUUUCACAGCGAUUCAAUUGUUCUAACACGUGAGAAGGCAUACGAAAAUCUAUUAAUGAGCUGUACAUUACAAUUUUUCGUGCCUUCAUACGAUAGAACUGUAACUUUGUGUUCGCUAUUGAAUCGUUGUUGUAAGCAGACAACUUCUGCUUUUUAUAAAGCUCAUUAAUACUUUUCAUAGCGACCAAAAUAAUUCCGGGAAUAUUGUGUAGCAGGCUGUCAUUGAGAAAACGAAAUUCAGCUGCAAGCUUACGCACCACAUGCGAAUCACACUCAGUAUCCAGAGGCAAAAUUUCCAGUUGUUGUAAAGCAGACAAGACUUGUUCAUAAUCUUUGUUAACAAAAGCAUGGAAAGCUUCCACAGUGAGUAGUAACAAAUCCGUUGUCUCUCUAUUCUUGUAAUUUAU